AUCUUGCCGUGUUCCUCUACCCCUAACCCUAUGUUUGAUUCACAUACCUCGUUUAUUGUGAUCGUUGAGUCCUAGGUUUUGGGUUUCACAUAAUGGAGUACAAUAACUAAGGCAAAUUGGGUGGAUAGAAGGAGAGUGUAACAUUCCUCAGAUGUCUUAAAAGUGCUUCUUAGGAGCUUACUGGGAAGUUUCACUGUACGUUUAUUGUGUUAUUAACGAGGAGUUUGCAGUGAAGAAGGGAAAUGUCUUUCCACAAUCAAGCAUUUUGGAUGGGAAAUAAUUCUGGGUCUUUGAAUGAUGGUGACAAGACAUAUGACAAUUCUUCUAGAAUUGAAUCCAAACGUGGCCAUCAGUGGUUCAUGGAUGGCCCUGAAGUGGAUAUGUUUCCCAAUAAGAAACAGGCAGUAGAGGCUCCAAACAAUUUAUUGUCAGGAAUGCUCAACUCCAAUAUUUCUUCAUGGGGAAAUUCCUCAAGUCUUCACUCUUUUACUGGUCAUUUUACUGAACAACUAUUUGAGCCAGAUGCAGCAACUAUGAAUUUUGAAGAUGCAAACAUUUCCUCUGUUAGCAUGGAUAGCACGUUAAGUGUGGAAAGAAAAGAUAAUUUGGAUCCAUUUGGGAAUGACUCCUCAUUUGGUUUAUCCAUGUCAACUACAUUAGAAGAUCCUCGAUUAGUUUUUAAUUAUGAUGGAAUUAGAAAAGUCAAAGUUAAUGAGGUGAAGGAAUCUGAGAGUGUCAGAUCUGUCCCUACAAAUACAAAUAAUCCCUAUGAUAGGGGAGUUAGCAGCAAUGUGUCAUAUCCUCAUGCAUACAACGGGGGUGAUAAUUCCAUAUCAAUGAGUCAAACCUACAACAAAGGGGAUGCGAAUAUAAUAUCUAUGGAUGAUGCUUAUGAGAGGACAGAUAACAAUUUAAUGUCGAUUGGUCAAUCUUAUAACAAGGGAGAUGACAGCUUAUCUAUUCAUCCAACAUACAAAGAGAUUUGUAAUCCACUAUCAAUGGAUCAAGGAUUCAGCAAGGCCGAUAGUGAUGUGAUGUCUAUUACUCAAGCUUACAAGGAGGCCCAUGACAAUUCUAUGUCAAGUAACCACUUAUUCAGCAAGGUUGACACUGGCACCAUAUCAGUGGGUCACACCUACCACAAGGGGAGAAAUGACCUGCCACUUGUUUCCCAUUCUUAUAACAAAGGAGAGAGCACUAUCAUAUCCUUUGGUGGCUGUGAUGAUUAUGAUACAACUCCCUCUGGGAUAUUUAUUUCCAGCUAUGAACUGUUGAUGGGUCAAGCACCUUCACAUAAGUCAGAAUCUGUGAAUGAGAAAGAUUUGGUUAGAUCUACUUCUAAUUUACUUCCAAGUACGGCUCAGACAUCUGCACCUGAAAAUGAAAAUGUUCCCAAGACAAAAGAUGAGAUGAAAAUGUCAAAGAAAGCUACUUCAAACAACUUCCCCUCCAAUGUCAGAAGUUUGCUAUCCACUGGAAUGCUGGAUGGUGUCUCUGUAAAAUAUAAGGCCUGGUCGCGGGAGAAGGAACUUCGAGGUGUCAUAAAAGGUGCUGGGUAUUUGUGCAGCUGUCAGUCAUGUAAUUUUUCCAAGGUCAUUAAUGCAUAUGAGUUUGAACGACAUGCUGGUUGCAAGACUAAACAUCCCAAUAAUCAUAUUUACUUUGAGAAUGGGAAAACUAUAUAUGGGGUAGUACAAGAGCUCAGGAGCACUCCGCAGACUAUGUUAUUUGAAGUUAUUCAAACAAUAACUGGUUCACCUAUCAAUCAGAAAUCCUUCCGGAUUUGGAAAGAAUCCUUUUUGGCUGCUGCACGUGAACUCCAACGCAUAUGUGGAAAAGAUGAAGCAAAACAAUUGUUAUAAAGGAGAAAUUUGGAGUUGUGAGAUAGGACAAUCCUUGUUGGGUUCAUAGGAGUAAUAUUUCGAUAUACCUUUUGCUGACUGGUUGUCAACACUAAAAGUUUUGAAUCUUUGUCCUAUCUGAGGUUAACUCUGUCUUUUGGUGAAAAUAGAAGGGAACCCUGCAAACAAAAUGGAUCAUAUGUGUUGCAAAUUGAAUGUAUCAUGGCGAUAUAUGAUAUAAUCAUGAAGGGAAAUUGAUUUUGAUGUCAUGAUCUUAUUAAAACAACAUAAU